AAAAUAUAUUAUUAUUAUUGUUUACCGUUGGUUUUUCUGGAAAUAAAAAACAUUUAUGUUGCAUAGACCUUGUGGAAAUAUUGGCCUUUUGUAGUUAUAAUAUUUAUUAUUUUUGCUUUUGGGAGAUAAUAGUUCAUUUGUACUUAUUAUGUGAUUAUACUCACUAUAGCCCACUUAUUUAAUGAGCUAAAGCUUGCUAAAAUGGUUAUUAUUAAUGACCAUGUCAAACUUGUAAAAUGACAUUAAUUUAUUAUUAGGGAAUGGUUUAGGUAAUCGCUGAUGUUUUUAUUAUAUCUUCAGUAUUUGGACAAAUUUCAUGCUGGUUUUAAUACCUUGUGGCAUUAGCGUUUUUGGUUUUGCAGAGCUUUUGAUAGGCCUUAAUGUUUUAAAUGUCAACUGUUGCUAUUUAACCUUAUAUGAAAUUGCUGUUUCCAGCAACAACAUUGAUUUUAUGUUUGCACUUCUCAAUUAGAAAGCAUUAUGGGAAUUUUGCUAUGCGCUUUUCUUUCAUUAUUUCUUUCUUUUUUUUUUUUUUUGCAUUUGUAAUUGAUAUUUUUUCUCGAGAAGAAACCUUAUAAUUACUUCUUUUUGGAGUGAGGUGGACAUGCCUGUGUAUGCAAGAGUUCUACCCCCUAAACGGUGAAGUAGAGUGCAUAUUCUAUUUUUGGUAAUUGAAUGGUUAGGGUAGUAUUCUGCUGCGGUUUUUAUGACAUAUAAUUGAUUACAAGAUAUUUCCUCAAUGGGGGGAGCUUGUUCUAGGAAGAGAGGUCAAUUGGACAAUGAAGAUAAUUUUCAUUGUGGGCUUUCUAGAAGAUAUAGCAAAAGUGCGAGCUCAAAGUGGUUGGCAACUUCAUUUUCUAGACCUGCUUGUGAACUGCAGCGAGGUAAUCAGAGAUGUCCAUCCCUUAUGGAAUUGUGCAUCCAAAAUAUACGUGAGGAUAUGGAUAAAUAUAGUACCUUUUCUAUGCUUCCAAGGGAUAUUAGUCAGCAAAUCUUCAAUGAAUUAGUGUGUUCUCAACGUUUGACUGAUAAUUCUCUGGAAGCUUUCCGAGAUUGUGCUCUCCAGGACCUUCACUUGGGAGAAUGCCCUGGGGUUAAUGAUAGUUGGAUGGAUGUAAUCUCUUCACAAGGGAUAUCUUUACUUUCUGUGGAUCUUUCUGGUUCAGAUGUCACUGAUUCUGGAUUGAUUCAUCUAAAAGACUGCACAAACCUUCAAGCCUUAAAUUUUAAUUGUUGUGACCAGAUUUCAGACCUUGGACUUAAUCACAUUAGUGGCCUCUCAAACUUGACAAGUUUGAGUUUUAGAAGGAAUGAUUCAAUUACAGCAAAAGGCAUGAGUGCCUUUGCUAGCUUGGUUAACUUGGUGAAAUUGGAUUUGGAGAGGUGUCCUGGCAUUGGAGGUGGACUUGUUCAUCUUAAAGGGCUGACAAAGUUGGAGUCUCUUAAUAUCAAAUGGUGUAACUGCAUAACAGAUACAGAUAUGAAGCAUCUUUCUGGGUUGACGAACUUGAAAGGAUUACAAAUUUCCUGCAGCAAGGUUACAGAUGUUGGCAUUUCUUAUUUGAAAGGUUUGCAUAAGCUUAAUCUGUUAAACUUGGAAGGAUGCCCUGUCACAGCUGCAUGCUUGGAGACUCUCUCAGCUCUUACUUCGCUUUUGUAUUUGAAUCUUAACAGAUGCCAUCUUUCUGACGAUGGAUGUGAGGGUUUUUCCAACCUCACACAACUAAAGGUGCUAAACUUGGGGUUCAGUGACAUUACAGAUGCAUGUUUGGUACACCUGAAAGGUUUGACAAAUUUGGAGAGCUUGAACUUGGAUUCUUGCAGAAUUGAUGAUGAGGGGCUGGCGAAUAUUGCAGGUCUCCAACGUUUGAAAUGCUUAGUGUUGUCAGAUACUGAAGUUGGAAGCAGUGGGCUUCGCUACCUAUCUGGUUUGACCAAUUUGGAGAGUAUAAAUCUUUCAUUCACCAUGAUUACAGAUGGCGGUAUGAGAAAAUUGUCUGGACUGUCAUCUCUUAAAUCUCUUAAUCUUGAUGCUCGCCAAAUUACUGAUAGUGGACUUGCAGCACUAACUAAUUUGACAGGAUUAACCCAUCUGGAUCUCUUUGGAGCUCGUAUUACAGAUUCUGGAACAAAUUAUUUGCGAAAUUUCAAAAAUCUGCAGUCCUUGGAAAUAUGUGGUGGAGGAUUAACUGAUGCUGGCACAAGGAACAUUAAAGAUCUUUCAUCUCUGAUGCUGCUAAAUUUGUCACAGAACUGCAAUCUAACAGAUAAAUCUUUGGAACUGAUAUCCGGGUUGACAAGAUUGGUCUCUUUGAACAUGUCAAAUUCGCGCAUAACAAGUGCAGGACUGAAGCAUUUAAAGCCACUGAAAAAUUUGAAAUCAUUGACCUUGGAGUCCUGCAAAGUGACAGCUAAUGAUAUUAAGAGGCUUCAAUCAACUGACCUCCCUCAACUGGUGAGCUUCCGGCCUGAGUAAUCGAGGAGGUAAUGUUGGACAUUCUGUAAAUAUCUAGUGUGGAAUGAAGGAGUUCUGAUAUUCUAAAUAAAAAUAUGAAGGCAGAAAGACAAAUGAACCAAUGAAGUGGUGUAAAUAUGGGUGUUGGGAUGCUUGGAAAAGAAAUUUGCUCAUUAUGUGAAGCUUUCUUUCAUAUUGUUUAGUAUGAAAGAAACUGUAUAUAAGCUUCCUUGGCAAGUCUUUUGAGCAAUGGCUAUUUGGUAUAAACAAAAGGGCCUUGUGUAUAUUCUUGGGUGAAGGCUUUUCUCUCUUUUUUUUUCUAAUUUUUUUUAUUUUUUUAUUUCACUGGUUUAUAAAUAAAUAUUUGUUCAGCAUAACUGCAGACUGCACAGCCUCUUAAAUCAAUCUCAUUUAAGUUUUAUAUUUGGAUA